CUGAUUUUCUGAAAGUUCCCAAGCCGGCGCUUUGACCGCGGAUUUCAGUCCACCGAUGUGAUCGACAACCCAGUCAUGGGUGGCCUCGCUUGGGGGCUCGCAACCACCCCAGACUUUUUCUUUGCAAACUGGAGCCUUCCCCGGAUUGCCCCAGAAUCUCGCGAUUCCAGAAUCUUGGUUAGGCCCUUCACCUCAACAAGCGGACCGAGCGAAAGCGAGAAGCAUGGAUCCUGCAGCUUGUUUUUGUUAAAACAUACCUCGGUUCCCCAUGGCGGACGUCGACUUCCCAUGCUCAGCCAGACUCGCCCCUCCUCCCUCCCCUUGACGGCGAUUUCGAGUUGAUGAACCGGCCCUGGGCUCCACUCCGGUUGCAUUGCGACGCAGCCGUGCCGUCCGUCCUGUCCCGCCCGUCCCUCGUCAUGUCGCCGACGAUCUCAUCAACCGUUCUCAUGCAUCUCCAUGUCUCGGCCAUGACACGACGCGACGACUCGGCACCCCGCGAGGUGCCAAACUACGCCGGGCGGCUGCUCUGGGCGAUAUGGACCUUGACCAUCGCCUCCGCAGUAUUUCUCGCCUUACGAGUGUAUUGCCGUCUGUCGCGGAAUCGGUCACUCUGGUGGGAUGACUGGUUCUUGAUUGCCAGCUGGGUAACCGUUCUCGUCUCGACCGCCCUGCUCACCGAAGCGACCAAAUGGGGCGUCGGCCUGCAUUACGACGACAUGGAAUUGGAAAAGAUGCCUGUCAUGUCCCUCCUUUCGUACAUCGCCGGCUUUUCCACCAUUCUGGGAGCGGCAUGGAGCAAGACCUCGUUUGCUGUGACGCUUCUACGAAUAUCGGAGGAAAGGUGGACCAAGUGGCUGAUCUGGUUCAUCAUUAUAUCGGUCAACGUCGUGCUCGGCGUAUCCGCUACGAUUCUCUGGAUUUCAUGUUGGCCGAUACCGAAGCUCUGGUACUACAAUAUGGAAGGGACGUGCUGGCCAAAGCAUAUCGUUGAACAGUAUCAGACUUUCACGAGCAUCUAUUCCGGCACACUCGAUAUCGUGCUUGCAAUCCUUCCCUGGAAGAUCAUCUGGGCUCUGACGAUAAACAAACGGGAGAAGCUCGGUGUAAUGGUCGCAAUGAGCAUGGGUACUCUCGCUGGCAUCGUCGCCUUUCUGAAGCUCAUGUCCCUCGACGACAUCUCGGAUGAUACUUCUACGGCUGUGGACAUCAAAGUCUUUGGAACCGCUGAACCCGCAAUUUCCAUAAUAGCGGCGUCGAUUCCUGUCCUUCGAGCCUUCAUUCGAAAAAAUGCCACCAAGAAUCCGCGGUCGGUCACAUUUGUUCACCUCUCCGAUUACCCCCGUUCGCGUUCUCAACGGUCAAUCACUUCCGCGAAGAAGGGGUCCGAUGAAGUUCUCGUGACGAAUGCUUCAAGGAUGUCGCAUACCGCAGCCGACAACCAAAACUUUGCCUUGCAGGACCGGGAACCUGGGACAAGCGCUGCCGGGACAUGGGGUAGAUCUUGAAACUUCCUUGUUAUAUCAAACCAAUUUAAGCAACUACUUUCUGGUGUUCCAACCCAACCCAGCCAUGAGCGUGAAUGAACAAGGCCGCGAUCUACCGCAACCCGAUGGCCAUUCGCCGCAGUCGUUGAAGAGCCGGCGUCGUCCACUCCUAGCCACCCCCGCGUACCAAAUCCUCUCUCAGCGACCUCCCGCCACCUUCCAGCCGUCUCUCCUGAACGUAACCGCACCGCCUCUCCGAGGUGGAGGUCAAGCAACUUCCGCCAUUACGUGGAUGACACAUGACUGGGCCAUCCGAGACUCAAGAUCCAGGCUUGACAGACAGUUACAGCCUUCAAGACACGACUUCGGCGGGCUAGGGUGACCCGUUUCGACCGAAUUGAUCAAAGUUCAACUUGAUGAGCUGCCCUACACUGGCAUUCCCGCGUUGAGGGCUGGAACGCCUCCGGGGUGAA